AUGGCUGAUCGUGUGACGGGAGAACGAGUCUAUUGCCAUGAGUGCCAGCAUGAAUGGCCCCGGAGCUCUCACGGACUGACCUGUCCGCGCUGUCAAUCAGAGUUUGUCGAAAUACUUGAGGACAACGAGAGCAUUCAUGAAACCCACCAUGAAAACGAGAACAACCUCGAGAAUGCAGAUUAUGAUACCCGCCAAGGUCAGCAGCAGGAGCAGCACCAGCAGUCCCCUCAUGACACGUUCGCUCCGGCAGACACUCACCCGCUAUUCCAUUCUUACAACUCGCCCAGGCGUGUUACCCGCCAUCAUUACCAAUCCCGCGACGGCAGCUUCCAGUUUACCAGCACUACCAUCAGAGCUCCCGAUGGCAGAGGAAUCGGUGGGGGUAUCAGAAUGGGAGUGGGCACUAGACCUGAAGCCGCGGAGGAUGCCCUGGGACCCUUGUUCCAUACCUUCAACACAAUCUUGCGAGGAAUAGCGGAAACACAGCCCAACAGAGGUGGAAUACCAGCGGGCUAUGGCUCCCAGAGCCCAACUCAAGCCAAUAAUUAUCGCAAUUCCAGUCCUCCUGAGGUCCUAGGUGGAGGGGGUGGAGGAGGCCUGUAUCCGCGGGACGCAAACUAUGCACAGCGUAAUGCGGAACCAGUACUGAACAUCAAUGACAUUCUGGCCAUUAUGCACGGCGCUGCAAAUCCAAACUACCGAGGCGGGGGCGUUCCUCUUCUAAGCCCUAUUGCGGCCCUCGCCCAAGCCUUGGGAAUGCAACACCACGGUGACGCCGUCUAUUCUCAAGAAGAGCUCGACCGUGUGAUCUCCCAGCUGGUAGACCAGAAUAUGAACGGAAAUGCCCCUGCGCCAGCAUCUUCAGACGCAAUCCGAUCUCUGCCGAAGGUUAAAAUCGACAAAUCCAUGCUAGGCAGCGAUAACAAAGCCGAAUGCUCAAUCUGCAUGGAUAACGUUGAGCUAGACACAGAGGUCACCAUGCUACCAUGCAAACACUGGUUCCAUGAUAGCUGUAUCACAGCUUGGUUAAACGAACAUGACACAUGCCCGCACUGUCGACAGGGAAUCAUGGCAACCUACCAGCAGAACCACGGAGCAGCACAGCAACAACAGCAAGGCCAUAACGCACAAGCUUCUGCAAGUGUACCCCUCGGAAGCCCUAGCAACCCUUUUGUUUUCCCCCCAGUCACUAUACAGGGACAACCAUCCACCGUGCCUGGCGUGGCUCAAGGAGCGGGCGGGCCUAGCCAAUCUAUUAAUCAAGCCGCCGGUUCCGAGUCUCGAAGAUCAAGCACAGGAAACAACUCUCAACAGCCGUCUGGCGGUGGCCUAACUGGGUGGAUGAGAUACCAUUUCGGAGGAGGCAGCUCCUGA